UGUGUAUCUUACAUAAAAAAAGAUUAUGUAUUUGUGUCUCGUGUGACAAUGUGUGAAUUGUUAAUUGAAGUUAUUAAUGAUUAUUAAACAGUUGAGAUUUUAAUGUCUGAAAUUGUAAAUUAUGAGAUGUUUACUGAUACACAAUUAUGACAAUAUUUGAAGACUACCGUACAAAACUGUUUACGACAACAUAACAUAACUGCGUGAUAGUUGAUGCAUCGUUUGUAAUUUUAAUUUGUAUAGAAGUAGGUAUUAAAUUUAGUUUUGUUACAAAAUGACAGUUUAUAUUUUAUUGUUUAGGAUACCUUUUUUAAAAAACAAUUAUUUUAUAUUAUAACUAACAAUAGCGAGGAUGAAGUAAAAUAUUGAAUUACUAAAUAAUAUAUAAUAUGUGAUGUAACUAGAUUAAAUAUGUUGUGGAUUAAAUAUUUAAUAGAUGAUCUUAGCGGUUUAUAGUUGGAAAAGUAAGAUUAAGAUGGUGUGAAUAUGUUGAGAGAUGGAGACAUAAUGAGAUAUUAAGAAGUUAUGCUAGUUUAGUGCAGAUGGAAACUAGGAAAAAGGCAGGCCAAAGAAAAAGUAGAAAGAAGGCGUAUUAAAUUAAUGAAAUAAUGUUUGAUAAAAAGAUGCAGAAGGUGAAUGAAUAAAAGUAAGAAAAUUGUGUGGGAAAUGGACAAAUGAAAAGAAUAUAAAACUUAAAUAUGAAUUUUUUCUUUAAACAUAAUUACCUACUCAUUUAUGCAUUGUUUAAUCAUAAUAACUUUAAAUAAUUUUAAUGUUGUGUGAUACUCUGUAGUCUCAUCCAUCAUAAAAUAUGGCUUAUGGAAACCAAUGGAUGAAUCCUACUCAUUAUAAAAAUAUGACUAAUGAACAAGGUACAUUUUUAAACAAUAAUAUGUUUUAAAAAGUCUAUAAUAUAAAUAACUCUUUAAAACAAAUUUAUAUUUUCUAGUUGACUGGGCAAGUUUGGCUCAACAAUGGAUCAAAAUGAAAGAAACUACGCCUGUUAUACCCCUUGCAUCACAUGGGAGGACUGCUACAAAUGAAACUAAUUUAAUUGGAACUUGUCAGCUUACAAUAGAUUCUCAAAAUUCUUCACAUUUGUCAGCACAGAAUAAAACUCUUGCUGAUCAUAGUGUUGCUAGUUCUAUUUCAGGUCAGUUAUCGACUAAUUAGUUGGUAAAGAUGAUUUUAACUAUUAAACAUCCAAAAUAUUUCUUCUUAUAGGUAAUGCAGUUGAAAAACCAAGUGCCUGGAAUACAUGGACUUGGCAGCAACAACAACAAUGGAAUUGGAAUUGGGCAUCUUCAUCAGCUCCGCCCAUCAAAACAACUACUAUGGAUCCAGUUAAUCCAAUUAGACCUCCUUAUGUAACUCCUCCUUUAUUAACUGAACCACCUCCAUCUUUUCCAAUGAUUUCAUCAAACAAACAAUUUCCAUCAAAUGUAAGUUUAUAAUUUUUUAAUAUAUAUUUAUAUCAAAAUAAAGUAGAUUAUAAAUUAUUUUAUUUUUAGAAUUAUUGGGCAGGACCCAAUACUAGAAUACCUCCGCCAAUUGAAUCAGACCAAUGGAGUAAGCCUAAUAUGCUUCCUAAUGUGGAUGAUAGAGUUCAAGAUCCAUCAUUUAUUGGUUAUUAUUAUUAUAUAUUUUUAUUAUCAUAUUUAUCUAUAUUAUGUAAAAACAAAAAAAAAAAUAUUUAAUUAAUUUGAUUGAAUUAACAUUUUGGCUUAUAUUUUAAGAUGCAACUAAACGAAAACAGUUACCUGCUUGGAUUCGAGAAGGACUUGAAAAAAUGGAGAAAAAAAAACGGCAAAAAAUGGAACUUGAUAAUUCUUUUGAAAAACAUGAUUAUUCUAGUUUAGAUAAUGAAAUAGUAUCUCAGGAAUUGUGCAAUGUAUUUUAAAAUUAUUUUUUAAUUUGUUCUGUUAAACUAACUUAAAAUAACUUUUUCAUUGUAGUCACCUAAUAGUUUUGAUCAUGAAACUCAGAUGGUUGAUGAUGAAAUUGAACAUAGUAACUCUCCUGAAUAUAUAAAUGACGCUGAACUAAACAAAUCAGAGCUUAUGAAGAAUGACCCCACUCUUCUCAUUCCACGUAAGACUAAAGCUCAAAUCUGGGAUGAUACGGUAAUACAGUUUAUAAAAUUUAUUUACAAAGAAAUUAUGUUUAUAAACUAAUAAUAAUAUUUUUUAUAUUUGUAUGUUUAAAUAUUUUAUUUUUGUAUAAAAAUGAAAAUAUUUCAGAUGUUAAAUCUUCGACAUACUCUAACAAAAUUACUAAUGGAAGUUACUAAUGAUAUGAUGUUGAGUGUUACAAAAGAAGUGCUUAAAACAACUAAUUUGCAAGCAGGUAAUAUUUGUUAAUUAUUAUUCAUACUAUCAUAAACAAGUUGGAGAGUAAGUAUUAAAAUGAUUAAAUAUAUAAAAAAAAAAAGUUAAAAAUGUUUCAUUUUAUAUUUAUGAUUUUUUUUAAAUUUAAAAUUAUUAUCAUUGUUAUAAUAUGCCAUGUAACAGAUAAACAAGGAAAUCAAAGCAAAACAUCGUUAGCUGGUAAGCUGGGUAAGUUAUUUUAAUUGUUUAUAACAAUUUUUUGCGCGCAUUUUGUUAGUAAAAUUUGAGCAAAACUAUUAUUAUUGUUAAAUUAUAAACAUGAUAUUCAUACAAAAAUCAAAUCAAUAAAUAAGUUUUAGUUUAUAUUGUAGCAUUUAUAUUAUUUUGUACCAAUAUGAUAUUUAUAAUUAUCUUCAAAAAAAAUUGUUUGGAUAACAAAUUUAUAAGUUAUUUUAACUAGAAGUAUCAAUAGAACAUGUUUUUUAUUGCACCCGUAUUACGGGUACAUGGAUAUUUAUUUUGAAUACUGACGUGUAGGUAUUCGUGAAAUUACUUGAAUUUCGGACUACACAGUCUAGUAAAUUUUCAAUUUCACCUAUACAUAUGUAUUUAUGUAUUAAGCAUACUUAAUUUAAACUAUACAAAUUGAUAUUUAUAUUUUUUAAAGGUCUAAGUGCAUAUGGUUCAGCUUCUGAGACGUCGGAUGAAGAUGAUGAAGAACAAUUAUCUGGUCAUAAACAAUUUUUGAGUCAAAAUUCUGAUGAAGCUAUUAAAGUAAAUACAAUUAUUUUUUAUACCUAAUAAAUAUAAAUUUGAAAUUGUAUUUUAUUACAUAUAUAGCAAAGAUUAUUGAAACGUCAACAAGAAUUUAUUAAUACUGAAGCAAAGAUACUAAUGGAAUUAGAUCAACUUGAGGAUCGGGAGAAACAUGUGAGGUCUACAUUUGAUAACAGUGUCAGAUUUAGUGGAGAUACUAAUGAUAGUAGACAGGUAGUGGAAAACAUUAAUUCAAAAGGUAAAAAUAUGUUUCAUUUGGUUUAUAAAAAAAAAAAAAAAAAAUAUAUAUUGAACAAGUUUGUAGUUUAGAAUUCUAUAUUUCAAUUAUAAAUAGUUAAAAUAAACUUAAUUAUGUACUUUUUUAUUUUAUUAAAAACCGUUCAAUACUAUUUUAUUAUAUAUAUCACUGUUUAAUAAUAUUCAAUAAAUGAAUUAUUUAAAAGCUUGUAUGUGAACUUUAAAAAAUUAUCGAAUAUAUAUUAUAGAUAGAACUGGUUCCAUUGUAUGAAAUUAAUAUGAACUAUAAUAUACACAAUAAAAUUAGUAGUGUAGAAGCUGUGAAUUUGAUAUUUUUAUUUCUAAAUAAGGUCUUUGUUUGGCAAUCUUGACUAAAGUAUUCUAUAUUUAAAAAUCUUUUAAUGACAAUAAUUAGAGCAUAACAUAUCAAAAUUGGAUAAAAUGUAUACAAAUGGAAACAUUUAGCUACUUUAAAUGAAUUUAUUAUCUACUUUCUGAGUAUUAAUAAUUUAAUAAAAUAUAUUGAUAAUGGUCACACGAGAAAAGAAGUAAAUGAAUACCUUAUUAUGAAAAAAUCUGAAUAAUAUAGACAAAUUUAUUUAUAAUACAUAAAAACAAUACUCCUAAAGGGUCAUUAAUGGGAUCUAGAUUAUAAACAUUGUAGAACCAAACAUUUUAUUAUUUGUUAAAAAUUAUACUAAAGUUUUGUAUUAUUUACAAUGUACAAUGUAAAUUACCUAUAAAUGUGUACAAAAGAAAAUACAAUUCUUGUUUAUUUGUUUAUUAUUAUUUUUUCCACUUCAAUGAACUAUUGUGUAAUAGGCUAGUUUUAAUUACCUGCUAAUUUUAUGUUAACUUAGGUUUUACUGUAUAUGUUUACAGUAGAAUAUUCACUAAUCAAAUUGCAGUCUCUUGAAAAAUAAUUAUUAAAAAUUAAAAACUUUAUAAUUAAAUAGUAAUCAUAAUCAUUAAUUUCAGGCAGGAGUGAAGAUGAAGAAUCUAGUCAAAAACUUGAAAAGGGAUAUGAUAAAAGUAAAAGAGAUUUAUCUAAUGAGUCUAGUAACAAAAAUGGCCAAAAAAAAAAGAAAUCUAAAUCAAAGAGAUCAUCAAGUUCUAGUACAUCUAGCAGUAGUAGUGAAAGUAGAAAAAGUGAUGACUCUGAUUGUAAAUACAGAUAUAAAAAAAAUGAAAAAAUGAAAUCAAAACUGUCGAACAAAAAAAGUAAAACAGAUAGUGUCAAAAGAAAACGAAGAUCGCGUUCUAAAAAUAGAAGUAGAUCACAUUCAAGAUCAAAACAUAGUAGGUCACGUUCAAGACAUAGAAGUAAUUCACGUUCAAGACACUAUAAUAGAAGAUCUCCACAUAGUUAUAGAUCGAGACGUAGUCGAUCACCAAUAUCGCGUUAUGGAAGUUCUAGAAAGUAUAAGAGCAAACGUACUAGUUCAUCUAGUUCAAAUGAAUCAAAGAGAAGUACUAAACACCGGUACAGACGAUAAUAUUUUGGUCAAAAAUUAAUUUUAAGUGAUUUAAACUGAAGUUUUCUUUUAAGUCAUUCAUUACAUUAAUCGAAAUUUAGAAUUAUUCCUUUAAAUAUUACCUAUAGCUUAUUAAUAAAUGAAAAAGUUCAACUUAAACCAAAACAAAAGUAGUACAUUUUUAAUUAUUUUAUCAAUUUUAAAAUUGUUUUAAAUUUUACUAAUCUCAAUUAUUGAAAAUGCUCUUCUAUUUUAUACAUGUAUUUUAUCUGUAAUAACAACAGUACAAAUCUGUAAUUUAUUUUUAACAUUCUUAAUAACUUAAUCACAUUUUUUAUUGAAUACAUAUUAUCAUUUGGCCAUAUAACUUGCUUCAAAUUCAAGAAAAUGUUUUCAAUACAAUAUUAAUCAUCAAUUUUGCAGUUAUAUUAUUUAGAUAAAAUUCUAGUAGACAAAUUUUCUUAUAUUAUCAAUUAUCGCUGUAUUAUACCAUUAUAAAUAAUGUUUUAGUUAGGUAAGCAUUUUUAAAUUGUAAUGAAUCAGCAUUAGUAAAAGAUUAUUUUUGGAGAGCAUAAUUUAUUAUAAUUAAACACCAUGCUUAUUUGUAUAAUAAUUUUUUUUUUGACUAAUUUAUUUUUGAUCAACCUUUAAAUUGUUUUGUAGGUAGGU